AGGGCAGCAUACACAAAGCCAGUUUUAUUGUCUAUUCAAAUUCAUAAAAAUUUUAAAUAGUUAAACGAAAUAUUGAAAUGAAAUCUUCAACUUUCGAUACCAUAACCUGUCUUGUGGGUGAGUUCUUAGCCACCGCCUUGCUACUGUUCUUGGGUUGCAUGGGCUGUACUGGCCAAAACAAUAGUUUACUGCAAAUGGCUUUGAAUUUCGGUUUCGCCGUUAUGCUUAUUAUCCAGUGUUUUGGUUGUGUGUCGGGUGCUCAUCUCAAUCCGGCCAUUACAUUGAGUGCUUAUAUCAUGGAUUUAAUAUCGCUGCGUAUGUCCUUGGGCUACUUAUUUGCCCAACUGUUGGGCAGCUAUGUUGGCUAUGCUCUCUUGAUGUCUUUAAUACCGAAAUCGUUUCUGCCGGUGGAUGGUGAUAACAUUGGUUUUUGCGUUACAAUGCCACAUUCGGAUUUUAAUUUCGUCAGAGCCUGCACAAUUGAAUUUAUUAUUACGUCAACAUUGAUUUUAUUUGCCUGCAGUAUUUGGGAUCCCAGAAAUGAGAAAUUUUGCGAGACCGUGUCGUUGCGUUUCUGUUUGGCAGUCGUUUGUAUGGGUUUAACCGCGGGUAACUUUACUGGUGCCAGCAUGAAUCCAGCACGAUCUUUGGCCCCUGCUUUGUGGAAUAACAAUUUCAAAUAUCAGGGAGUUUAUUGGAUUGGCCCUUUAAGUGCAGCCGUUGUUAGUUCUUAUGUUUACAAGCUGGUUUUUUGGCGUGAAGUACAUGAAUGAUUUUCAACGAUUAUAUUGUAAAAUAAAUUUGAAAUUAAUUUAAGUGUAUAAAGAUAUUAAAAAAAGGUUUUUUUCACCAACAAAAUUUCUAAAAUGCACCAAAUAA